AUGAUCGGUACAGUGCUCUGCUACGUGCUGCUGCCGGCGGCACGGCUUCUCCGAGCCCUUCUAGAUGCUUUCUUUACCUGUCAAAAGAAUGUGCUUCUGGCGAAGAGCACGUCCACACAGAUAGAAGAUGCCUUUGCUGAGACCAGAGGAAGGUUGAUUCCAGAAGAGCAAGAAGCCCUUCUCCAGCAGUGGCUGAAGGAAGGACCAGGGAAUUUGCCAGCCAGUGAGAGUGCUCCAGCAGAGGGGAAAGUGUCAGUUAAGCUUACUAGUGACUGGUUAGAAGGUUCAGAGUUAUUGAUGACUAGCCUCAGUGACCUGAAUUCAGCUCCAGAAAUCACCCAGUGUGCUGGUCAGCAGCUCACAGAGCUACACACCUUGGCUUCUUCAGAACCACAAGAGCAUGCAGUGACUGAACCAGCAAAGGAAACAGUGGCUGUAGCAGGCACUGCCCCUUGGGCAGCUGUGGUACCACAGACAGAUCAUCAGAUAGCUGGUUGUGCUACUGUCAGUGUAGAUGUGCAGAAUGAAGACCCAGCUGUGCUGGCCUGGAGUUUAGCAUGCAAUACAGAGACAGUGCCAGCGGAGCCCCUGGGCUGGCCCACUCAGCAUACACUACAACUGUGUCCUCACCCAACAGAGGUACCCUACCAUGAGGUUUUGUGGAGGGAGUGGGAAGAUCUUUCUGCUGAGCCCUGUGUGCUAGAGCAGGUGACGGAAAACACUCAACUUUUUGAAUUUCGAGUCAUGUCUUACAACAUCCUUGCUCAGGACCUGGUGGAGCAGGGCCUUGAUCUCUAUCUACACUGUCAUCAAGACAUCCUGGACUGGAACUACCGUCUUCCAAACCUUUUGCAGGAGAUCCAGCACUGGGAUCCUGAUGUUCUGUGUCUCCAGGAAGUGCAAGAAAACCAUUACUGGGAGCAGUUGGAACCGACAUUCAAGGCAAUGGGCUUUACAUGCUUCUAUAAACGAAGAACUGGGACGAAGACAGAUGGCUGUGCAGUGUGCUAUAAGCACAGCAGGUUCCAGCUGAUCAGCCUCAGCCCCAUAGAAUACUUCCGUCCUGGCCUGGAUGUCCUCAACCGGGAUAAUGUGGGUUUGGUGCUGCUGCUCCAGCCUCUGCUCCCAGACAGCCUAUAUCUGAAGGCAGUCAGUCCUUUGUGUGUGGCCAACACUCACGUGUUGUUCAAUCCCCGGCGGGGAGAUAUCAAACUGGCCCAGAUGGCCUUGCUUCUAGCAGAGAUUGACAAGAUUGCAAAAACUGCUGAAGGCAACUACUAUCCUGUCAUCUUGUGUGGAGACCUGAACUCUGUACCCGAUUCUCCACUCUACAAAUUCAUCCGAAAUGGUGAACUUUCUUACCAUGGGAUGCCAGCCUGGAAGGUGUCUGGUCAGGAAGAUUUUUCCCAUCAGUUGUAUUCACGGAAACUGCUGGCCCCACUGUGGCCAAGCUCACUGGGUAUAACAGACAACUGCCAGUACGCCACCCUGUGCCAACCAAAGAAACUAGGCAGACGGAAGUACAGCCGGGACUUCCUGCUCCAGUUUCGUUUUUGCAGUGUUGCCUGUGAACGACCACCACAGCUGAUCCUCUUGGAAGGUGUGACAGAUGCUAAACCAGAGUGCCCUGCACACUGGCCCAAGCCUGCUGGCAUGAUGAAAGACCCAGAUCCCCAGCCAUUUGUCCCAAGGUCCUCAGGCAUUAUGCGGCAUGGCCUCAACUUGACAUCUGUCUACAGCCACUUUCUGCCACAGAGAGGACGCCCAGAGGUCACAACGAUGCCCAUGGGGCUUGGAGCUACUGUUGAUUAUAUCUUCUACUCAGCAGAGCCUGUGGAGAAUGGCAACAGAGGGGGUCGUAGGCUGUACAAGGAUGGAGCCCUGAAGCUGCUUGGCCGCCUUUCCCUUCUCUCUGAAGAUGUUCUGUUGUUGGCAAAUGGCUUACCAAAUCCUUUUUGUUCAUCUGAUCAUCUCUGCCUGCUGGCUAGCUUUGGCUUGAAGAUCUCUAGCAUCAGAGAGGGUUAGUGUUGGUUCCCUCUCCCUAAAGAAAAGCUGAUCUGAAUAUAGCAGUUGAGGUUCUGGACUGCAGAAUCUGCUUGUGAGAAAGCUCUUCUUCAUCAUGGCCUAGAAGACCCUUUCUCCCCUGAUACUCUCACAAAAAGCAGGGGUGGGAGAGUUGAAGCACUUCUGUGUUGGUGUUUUGUGCAUCUCUGCAAACCCGAGCUGUGUUCCCAGUGGGCCUCCAGCUGUAGUUAGACAUUACAUCUCUUGAAGGGAUUUUUGUUCCACUGCUUUGUUUAGCAGGUGUUUUAGUGCUGCAGGAACCAACAUAAAUCCCUUGUUUAUUUGUCCCUGUGUGAGAUCGUCAAGGAGCUGGGAAAGAGAGGGGCAAUGCUGCCUACUUCUGGUUAGUUAACUGCUGCCAAGGAGCAGGGGAUGUAUACACCAAUAUUCUCUCACACCAGAACAACAGUUCUCUUAAUUUCCAGUGAUAGUUUGUAAAGUAUGGUCCUUCCAGAGCUAGCUGUUGUGUUUCCUUUGGGAGUUGACUCUGCUAAAUGCUUAGGAAUGGUUUUUACUUAAUAACGUGUAAGGGCUGCCUUGCUGGCAGAAGGGUUUGUGUAGUCGAACAGUUUCUACAAAAGGCUGCCUGCUUUGACUAAUGGACCAGGGAAUGGGAUUGCCAGGAAUUGAGCCAGAGGUUCUACAUAUCCACCCACAGGAAACGCAGACCUGCGGCAAAAGCCUAGAGGCCUUGGGGAAGGCUCCCUUCGUUUUUAGCAGUCUGAGGACAGUACCUAGUUUAGCACUUGUAGGAAAAAUGUUUACUAUCGUCCCUGUGAAUAUCAGGUGGAAAAAAAACCCAUCCUGUAAAGCAUGACAACCCCAGGAGGCCAUAGCUGAGGGAGAUCCCAAAAGAAAUAUGAAAGUGGAACACAUGUGAGAGGCGGCAGAGCCAUCAGAUGGAAGAGCUGAUACUUGCCACUUGCCCUGCUCUUUCUCAGUGCCCUCCCUAUUCCAUUCAGCCUUCCAGGGGUCAGCCAACCUGUGGCAUCCUCCUGUGCCAGAUGGAAGUUCAUAGUACAGGCUUCUGGAGCCAGCUGUGUGUAGGUAGGUAGAACCUAUAGGACUGACUCCUGUCCCUUGACAGGGAGGAGGGAGGCUGUGUGACUUUGAGCCAGAUUGGAUUGCCUGGAUCUCAAUUUAUCUGUGGUGUCCCAUCAGUGUACUUUUGUCAGUAUUGGCUUGGCCAGUAUAAAACCAGUAGAACUGUACAUGUUUCUAAGGCAUGUUCCCCAGUUCACUCUGACAUUUGGCACUUGGUUUUUCUAUGACAAAUGAAUGCAGUGUUGGGCAGAAAUAUUGUCAAUCUUCUGUUUGCAAACAGGUCAGGGAAAUCCAGUCCCACCUGUUUUCUUUGUGGGAAGGUAGAAGGAGACUUGAAAUACUGUUCUCUCUUCCUGGCUUAUAUUGGGAGACUUUCAUAUUUUA